CAGGUCAGUUGAGGUAAACGUAACGUCGUAAACAGUCUGCAGGUGUGGUCAAAGAUAAAGUUUCUGUCGGAAGAAUACGUUGAAAGCCUUUGGCAUAAAAAUUAUAAACAAAGUUUGUUAUUAAAAACAGUGAAAUAUAUUGAUUUAGUUAAAAAUAAUUUAACUCCGUAUUUAACUACGGAAUUUAAGCAGGAGAUUUAAACAGUGUAGUGGUUGUUGACAUUAUUAGUGACUCAAUGGUGGAGUACGAAGAAAACGAGACGAAGAAGAGAUCACUAGAAGGAAAUGUGGCUAUUGGUUUCUUUGUCAUAGCCUUUGUGCUGAUCGUGGUAGCCUUUUCAACGCCAAGUUGGUUAGUUUCUGACUACAGAAUAACCGGUGCCAAGAUGGACCGCCUAGGACUAUGGACACAUUGCUUCAGGUCACUCGCAGACCCCUACGAUAUCUCCAAUCGCAGAUUCUUCGUAGGUUGUCGAUGGAUAUAUGACCCGUUUACGACCGGAUACGACAAGAUACGCGGCUUCCUAGUUCCCCCAUUCAUGGUGGCCACCCAAUUUUUUUUUACGUUAUGCUUCAUAGCAGUCUUGCUGGGUGCGAUUCUGACCUUAGUUUACUUUUUAUGUUUUGGACCUGACCAGAAAAUGUUCGUUUUACUUAUUCUGCUAGACGCGGGGAUUCUAUUAGUCGGAGGUGUUUCGGGGGCCAUUGCAGUGAUUAUUUUCGCCAUUCGAGCGAAUAAAGGCGAUUGGAUGCCUGGUCACGAUAACAACUUCUUCGGGUGGUCCUUUGCGUUGGCUUGCAUAGGCGUUGUGGCGUGUUUGAUAGCUUCAACGUUAUUUUACACGGAAGCGUACGUCCAACGUCGAAAGAGGAGGAUGUUGAAGGAAUCACAAGCUCGUUUUGAGAUGGAGCCCGAGACGAAGGGUUGGUAGACCAAAAACAUCAUAUUUACAAUUUUCUUGACUAACCGUCCUUUCAUGUACAAAAAUUGUUAGUUGUCAGUUAAUACGUCUAGUUAUAGAUAUUUAGUUUUAUACCGAUUGGCAAGAUUUCAUUUUUUAUCCCUUUUCUCCAGUUUUAAUAAAUAAUAAAUAAGGCUGUGCUUUAAAUUGUAGCACAGGCUAAAAGCUAUUUACGAUCUAUAGUUGUAUAUAAUUUAUAAAAAUAACAUUCAUUUCGAAUACUAAUAUAUCGUAUAACGCUGUUUUAUAUCAAUAUAAUUAUGACAUAUUGUGAAAAUAAAGUUUGCAAUCAUUGAAAUACAUCAGAUUAUAACGAUUGUUUAUAAUAAACUGUAAGAACAAUUUUGUAAAUGUUGUGGUGCCUUCAUUGUAAUAUAUUUUAUAUAUAGGUAUCCCUUCACGUCUAGGUAUAGAUAGAUCUGUAUAUUCAAAAAAUGACCCGAACUUUAUCUUUCGGAAUGAUACCAAUUCAAUUUGUAUUUUGCUAUAAUAUAAAAUUUUUAAGACAUUAGAUAAAUAAUACUGUUAUAUUAAGAAGUAUGUCUUUAAUUUAGUUUAAUUUUAAUGCAUUUUUGUAACUGAUGCCGUCCUUUUAAUAUUUUUUAUGUAGAAAUAUAUUAAAAAUAAUUUUAAUUUUGACGAUUUUAAUAAAAAAAUAUUUUUAUAUGUUUAUCUCUCUCAUACAGAUUUAUGAUGCUCAUUUUUUAUUCAAUAGAAAUUCUUACAGACCAC